GUGUUGGUCAGCUUGUCUUCACCGGCCACUCAACCACCCGUGAUGUCGCGAGAAAGGGCCCCCGGCUUGGAUUUUGUCUUCUUCUGAGCCCCCCUCAAUAUCAUCGUAGAUCACUCCGAGUCCGAAGCAUUGUGCUGGUAUAAAUCUAAUGCCAUUGCUUUCUCCACAGCCAACUGGGCAGCCAAUUGGCAUGUUUUGCAGGUUUUCAGAACUCCAGAUGCUCGAGGCAGGCGUUUUCAAAGCAGCAGCAUUGUGUGCAUCUGUGUAGGGCACCUUGCGAUGGUUCUCUAGCGGUCAACUUUCCAGCUUUGUCUUUCAGGGGACGUCGGGCAGCAUGAGGAGCAAGGAGGAUGACGAGCGGAAUGUGUUUGACUCUCAGGGCAAAUUGGACCGCGACAGGCCGUCACCGAGAGGUUCUCUCAGCGAUGCCUGGAAAAGUCGCGCCAAGGUGGCAGAGGGAAUGCUGGGAAGCAGUGGUUUCAAAAAAGUGAACUCGGUAGCCCUGUGCUACCUUUUUGUGCUGCUGCUCAUUGUCGGGCUGUCCUUUCAGCAUCAUAUGUCACAGAGCUUGAAGCUCAGCAGGCUCGCACGGUCAAGCAAGCAAUGGGAGAGCUUGUACUCACAGUCAUUGGAGGAGAUAAUAGAUUGGAAGAGAAAACUGGAGCAAGAGAAGAAGCUGGCAGCAGAGUUUGCCAAGAACGCCGACCUACUGGAAGGCACUCUCAAGCGGGUUAGGGAGGAGAAGAGUCGUCAAGAAGAGGAAGCAGUGAAGCUGCAAGUGGACGUUGCCAGCAAGGACAAACUCAGGGAGCAACUUGAGCGCAAGCUCCAGGAGUCAGAGGACUUGUCGCAGACACGGCUCCAGGAGGUCCAGCAAGAGGUGCAGGUCAAGAAACUAGAGUCGGAGGCAAUGCACCGCGAGCUGGAGGAGAUGAAGCAGGCCGUCAAAUACCAUAAGGACACCAUCGCAAGGCUGAACGCCGAUAAGGAAGUGCUUGCAACGGGCCAGGUGAAAGCAGUGGCGGCUGCUGACGCGGCAAAGAAUAAGACCGCAGCAAUGGAGGUCGCCGUUCGGGAACUGCGGGACGAGCUUAAGAAUGCAACCAGGCACAGCAUCUAUCUCGAGGAGCACGUGACGUCGUUAACCGAGAAGAAUAAAGUCCUGGAGACAGAGGCGCGCUCCAAGCUGGACUCGACCGCGAAGCGGAUGCAAGACGAAGUCGACGCCGCGAACGCGAGAGUGGACGCGGCGCAGCAGGAGAAGCGCGCGCUGGAGGAGCGCGUCGCGCAGCUCGAGAGCAAGCUGGAGCAGUCCCAGGCGCGCGUGACGGAACUAGAGGAGGCUGCAGACGCCGCCGAAAAGUCGCGGACGUCUGAGCGGGAGCGGCUGGAGUCCGAGAUCCGUGACAAGGAGCAGCGGCUCCAGGAAACGGAAGCGGCGAAACGGAACGAGGAGGCGGAACGGGAGCGGAAUGAGGAGGCGGAGCGGAAGCGGAGCGAGGAGGCAAAACGGAAACGGGAAGAAAAGGAAGAAGCAAAGAAGCGGCGGGAAGCGCAAGAGAAAGCAGAUGCGGAGGAUAGGGCGGCUGCAGAGGCCUCGGAGAAAGAGGAGGCUCAGAAACGGAACGCGGAAGAGAAGGCAGAAGCGGACGCGGCGAUAGCGCGCAAGCAGGAGGCUGCGCGGAGAGCGGAAGCGGAACGGAAAGCGGCAGCGGAACAAGAGGCGGAGGAUCAGCCAAACCCGGAGAAGCAAAAGGAGAUGGUGCUGGAGGAGAUUCGAAAGGACUCUGAAACAGACGAGGGCGCAAGUGAUGAGGGCGCUAACGAGGCUUUGUAGAUUCAAAUCUACACCGCUCUUGUCCCUCUUAGCACACCAAGAUAUUCCGGACAAAGCAUUAACUUAUAGAGUCUUUACUUGAGGGUUACAAAGUCACUGUCAGUAGGUGCGUCACGUUUUUGAGCGAACAAAAGACUUUGAGCCAUCUGAGACGCAGCUGCGGCUGCGGCUCACUUGGCGACGCUAAUCUGGACGGUGUCUUUCCAUAUGAUGCUCGAAGGGCGAAACGAUAGUGUGUACAUCCCGUGUAGGACUAAACUCAAAUUUUACGGACCAUAUUAAAUGGGGGCCUUUGUGCUUGUCUUCUUUUAUGCACCGGCCGGU